AUGGCCGCCGAAGCCCAAGUCGCUUUACAAAUGCAACGCAUCGACGCGAUGCGCAAUAUGUCUACCCGCUUGACCGACGCCAUUUUCGCUACCCAAGGUGCACCCGCUAUUGAUGCUGAACUUACUAUUCUAGAAAGUUCACGGACUCUUGUCAAAAAAGGAUGCCUCCACGACCGCUUGGAAAUGUUAACACAAUCGCUAUCAAUUGAUCUCUUACUCGCUACCGCGCUUGUCAAGUUGAAUUUGCUAACAGGAAGUACAUGUACUGCCCGUGUACUUAUUGAUCAAGGAUCGGAGUUAUCCUUUGUGACGCAUUCGCUAAUUAAGAAGUUGGAUAUACCGCUAAACAAGGCAGCUAUACCAUUACGAGGGAUUGGUAAUGUGUCAGCUGGAAAUUCACUUGGAUCAUGCCAGGUGUCGCUGCAUUCGCUACAUAGUUCCGCUUCUAUUACUAUCCAAGCUCAUGUGCUUGCUCUAUUGACGGUGAACUUGCCGUCAUUCACGCUAACCAACAAGAAAUGGCCGCAUAUAAAAGGUCUGCAACUCGCUGAUCCAGACUUCUUAACAUCUCGACCUAUUGACAUCAUUCUGGGUGCAGCACCAGCUGCACACAUAAUCAACGCUAAAAUAAGGAAGGGUAAUGACAAUGACCCAAUCGCUCAGUCAACGACGCUUGGCUGGAUCAUCUAUGGAUCUGUGGACACCGCUACAUCAAAAUUAACAGCUUAUGGUCAUCAUGUUACUGUUGAUGAUCAACUACAAGACUUGCUGAGCAAGUUUUGGUAUCAAGAAGAACCACAGACAGAAUUCGCUAUACACUACAAUGAAGAUGAAGAAAAGUGUGAACAACACUUUGUCAAUACACACUACAGACAGACUGAUGGUCGAUAUGUCGUUCGCUUGCCGCUUAAAUCUUCUCCAAGUCAACUGGGUGACUCGCUACGAGCUGCGCAAUACGCUUUACUUCGUCUUCGCAAACGUCUGGACAAAGAUCCAAUCUACAAGAAGCUAUACUACGACUUCCUGAAAGAAUAUGAAGACUUGGGACACAUGAGACGCGUAAAAUUAAAGGAUUUACCACCAAAUAGCUACAUGUUACCUCAUCAUGGGGUACUCAAAGAACAGAGCACUACCACCAAGCUCAGGGUGGUAUUCAAUGGGUCAUGGAAAACGACAUCAGGCGUAUCCAUCAACGAGAUACUCCAUGUGGGCCCCAAGAUUCAAGUUGACAUCAGUGAUGUACUGAUUCGAAUUCGCUGUCACCGCUAUCUAUUCGCUACUGACGUAACUAAGAUGUUUCGUCAGAUCGCAGUUGACAAGGAAGAUCAUCAUCUACAGUGCAUACUCUGGUUUGACGAAGAGGACCUACCAACAGUAUUUGCACUCGCUACGGUUACGUAUGGAACAACAUCAGCUCCAUAUCUCGCUGGAAGAGCACUUUUACAACUCGCUGAAGAUGAAGGAAAUAAAUUUCCAAAAGCUGUUGAACCGCUGACAAACACCCGCUACGUUGAUGACAUCUAUGGAGGCGCAGAUGAACUCGCUGAGGCAAUUCAAGUUGCUCUCGACACAAAAAAUAUGUGUGCCGCAGGAUGCUUCCCGCUUGCAAAAUGGGCAAGUAAUUCAACAGAAUUACUGUCUGAAGUCGCUCCAGUUGAAACCCAAGAAGAUACACCACGAGAACUUGGGGAUACUACAGUAAAAGUGCUCGGGUUAACCUGGAAUUCUACUCAAGAUAAAUUCCAGUUUGGCUAUUCGCUACCAGAAGCAUCUCCAACUACUAAACGCACAAUUUUAUCUGAAAUUGCUCGCUUGUUCGACCCGCUUGGGUUUUUGGCACCUAUCAUCGUAAGAGCCAAGAUGUUCAUGCAGAAGCUAUGGCUGCAGAACUUCGAUUGGGAUGCUACGCUAUCACCGUUGCUUCUUCAAGAAUGGAAUUUGUUUCGAGAUGAACUACAUCAGAUCUCGAAGAUUCAGAUACCUCGCUGGAAUCAUGUAAGAACUGGUGUAUCGAUUGAAUUACAUGGAUUCUCUGACGCUUCGCAACUCGCUAUGGCUGCUGUCGUCUACUUAAAGGUUACUGACGCUACUGGAAGCUCCAAUAUUUCGCUAGUGUGUGCCAAAACACAAGUUGCACCACUGAAACCAAUAUCUAUACCAAGAAUGGAGCUCAAUGCCGCUGUAUUACUCGCUCAACUGGUACUCUACGUAAAGACAGUCUUGAAACUUGAAAAUGUACCAAUCUUCAUGUGGACAGACUCCGCUGUAUCCUUAACGUGGAUACGAAACAACCCCGCUAGAUGGAAGGUCUACAUUCGCAACAGAGUUACCAAGAUUCAGGAAUCGCUACCAAGUGUCAACUGGGAUUUUGUUCCUGGGAAACUUAACCCAGCUGACUGCGCUUCAAGAGGUUUAACAGCAGCUAAAUUGGAACAGCAUUCGCUAUGGUGGACGGGACCUAAGUGGCUCAGUCAAUCAAAAGAAAACUGGCCAUCUUUUGACAUCCCUACUCAGACGGUAUCACAUCUUGAAGAACGUCCAGGUCUGGUUUUUACCAUCUACAAGGCAGAUUCACACCCGCUACAUACGCUAUUGGAUAAAUUCUCUAAGUUGUCACCACUACUUCGCACGCUUGGAAUCUGCCUUCGUGCCAUCGCUAAAUUUAAAAAAGUGCCACAGUCCACACUGGCCACACCACUCUCUACAGUUGACCUGGAACUCGCUAAGACUUUGCUGAUCAAGUAUACUCAAAGUCAGUACUAUUCGCAAGAGCUGAAACUACUGAAAGAUGGUGAUUCUCUACAUCGAAAUCAUCGUCUCGCUAAAUUGAUUCCCUACGUCGACUACAAUGGAGUACUCAGAGUCGGCGGUCGCUUGAAGAAUUCGCUACUGGAUGAUGAUCAAAAAAAUCCAGCUAUUUUACCACGAUCAUCACGUCUAAGUACGCUACUGAUAGAGCAUUCGCAUCAAAAGACAUUCCAUGGGGGAACUCAAUUGACACUCGCUGAUCUAAGGAGAUCUGUCUGGAUAGAAGGUGGCCGUGUUCCAGUCAGGUCUCAUAUUCUUCGCUGCGUCGUGUGCACGAGACAUAGAGGUGUUCGUGCACAACAACUUAUGGGACAAUUGCCAUCCGCUCGUGUAAGACCAUCUAAAGCAUUCUUGCACACUGGAAUAGACUACGCUGGGCCAGUAACACUGAAGACAUUUCAAGGUCGAGGUGCGAAAACCUAUAAGGGUUGGAUCGCUGUUUUUGUAUGUCUCGCUACGUCCGCUAUACAUAUCGAAAUUGUCACCGACUAUUCUACUGACGCUUUCGUCGCAGCAUUCAGAAGAUUUACUAGUAGGAGAGGCGCCUGCAGUACCCUAUACUCGGACUGUGGUACAAAUUUUGUAGGAGCAGACGCCACGCUAAAGAGAGAAUUCGCAGUAGGAUCAAAACAGCUACGGGAACUUCAGUAUCUACUCGCUACAGAUGACACAGACUGGAAGUUCAACCCGCCAAGUGCUCCCCACUUUGGUGGCAAGUGGGAAGCAGCCGUCAAGUCAAUCAAGUUCCAUCUUAUUCGAACUAUUGGUGAAUCGCUAUUGACUUACGACCAACUCGCUACAGUUUUAACACAGAUUGAGGCUGUGUUAAAUUCAAGACCGAUCGCUCCGCUAUCCGAAGAUCCUGCAGACUUAACCGCUUUGACUCCUGGACACUUUCUCAUCGGUGAACCUCUAAUCGCUGUGCCAGGACCUUCGCUGCUGGAAAACAAUACCGCUACGUUGUCACGCUGGCAACAAUUACAACAAAUGUUCCAGACAUUCUGGACUAGAUGGUCGUCCGAGUAUUUACAACGACAUCAAUCAAUAUCGAAGUGGCAUCAUCCAUCAAAUAUUAUCAAAGUGGGCUCAUUAGUCCUGCUGACUGAUGAGAGGUUCCCACCAUCAAAAUGGCCACUCGCUAGAGUACUCGCUCUACAUCCAGGACGAGAUGGGUUGACUCGAGUCGUCACCCUGAAGACCGCUACCUCUGAACUUGUUAGACCAAUCGCUAAACUGUGCGUGCUGCCAGUUCACUCUCCAGAGGACAAUCCUGUCGACACCGUCGCCAGCGCUGGGGAGAAUGUUCAGUCAAGACCCAAUUCGCUACCACCUGAGAACGCCGAGCCUCACCAAUAG